UCUAGGAAGACUGAAAUGGCUUUGUCAAUGAUGAUGGUGGUGGUGGUGGUUGUGGUGUUGUUGCAGCUCUUGCCUGCCAAUGGACAAAACCCACCAUUAUGCAAUUUCAACCAAAACCCACCAUGCCCUCCAAAGCCUACAGGGUUAGGUCAUAUUGUUCUUGUCCAUGGGGCAGGCCAAGGACAAUGGUUUUGGUAUAAGGUUAAACCUAUGUUGGAAGCUGCAGGCUAUAAUGUAACAACAGUCCAACUUGGACCUUCAGUAACCAUGGCCGUGGAUUCAAUAGAAAAUGUUUCAUUUUGGAAUUACUCAAAACCAUUGUUUGAUCUGAUGGAAUGCUUAGACCACAAGGUUUUGCUUGUGGGUCACAGUGCAGGAGGUUUCAAUAUUGCUGUUGCAAUGGAUAAGUACCCCACAAAGAUACUUGCAGCUGUCUUUAUUGCUGCCUACAUGCCUGAUACUGCUCACACCAUGUCCUAUGUCCUUGAUCAGGGAGCAAAGUAUCCAUCAGAAUGGCUUGACACUUGUAUCAUGACUAGUGGGAACACCACAUGGUAUUUCUUUGGUGAUGACUUCUUGGGAUCAAAACUCUAUCAAAUGUGCCCUCCUGAGGACAUUGCUCUAAUGCAUACACAGAAAAGGCCAGGAUCAUUCUUUUACAAUGAAAUUGCUGAAAUACAACUUAAAAAUGAGAGUUAUGGCUCAAUUGAUCGAUUCUACAUUGUAACCGGAGACGAUUUAACAGUUCCAACUGAUUAUCAAUACGAAAUGAUCACCAAUUUUCCGGUGAAGGAGCAGAAGCUGAUAAACAGUUCUGGUCAUGAGGUCAUGCUAUCAAAGCCCUUAGAGUUGUCUGCUAAUAUCUUAGAUAUUGCUAGACAAUAUUCCUCUUAUUUUGUGACUUCUAAUGCUGCUGGAGAUGCAACUUGGGCCGGUUCGGUCCAGAUGAAACCCAAACCAAAUUCAGUCCUGCGUGCUGCUUGGUGGGCUUGAACCAACCGGAAUAGAAGCUGGGUCUUAGUAUUAUGUACUUUUGCUUUUGCCUGUUUUUUGUGUGUUGGGUGUGCUAUGUUAUCUAAGUAUGAACAACAAAUGCUACUGUAAUAUAUCCAACUAUUGCAGUAUAGCUCUUCUUUCUAUGUUAAUGAUGAAUAUCC